GGCCGGGUUUGUAGAGUGUGGCUAUCGAUUGCCGUGCAGGGGCCUUCCAUUACUCUUGAACCGUUGCUGCUCCAUCAAACAAAAAUGCGACGGACAACUCUUUGUCCCGGGCCUCAGCGAUCCCUAUCCAUCACGAGGACUGUCCCUUCAGCUACGUAAUGGCUCUUCACCUCAUCUAGGAGUAAGAGCAUUCCGAGGUAAAGAGCAAAGGGUCACGCCUCAAGAGCACCAUUGGUCGCCCAUGGCGAAGCAAGGACUCUUCAACCUCCCGACUGACUUUUCCAUCCAAUGAACCUUUUUCUUUUGCUUCCCCUCCAUUCUUGGGAGAAGGUGCUCGAAAAGUUCCUGACUUUAUACCUUUUUUGCAGGUUCGGGAGAUAUUCAAAAGUAGGCGAGCGCUGCUACUUCAGCCUGUUCAUUCUUUUAUACAUCUCUCUCAACAAUCCCGCUGCAGUUAUCCUUCCUUUCUUUGCCGGCCAGUAUCAGGCUUUACCAGCCGGAUAUAUCUUAAGGCGGUACAUCAUCGGGAACUACCCGAUGUCUAUCCUUACAUUAUAUUUUGCCAUGCCUCUUGACUGGCUUACGUUAGCCAGAGCUGCAGAAGCCCAUCACUCGUCCAAGGAGGCUUACAAAGAGAUCCAUGAAAAUGCCUUGGAACUGGAAGACUUUGGCCACAAUGGCAGGCCCAUCCGCAGCAACUCUGUCACGAUUGCGAUCAACACCGCCAAUCCCGUCUGUGCCUCGCGGCGAGAUGCAGCUAUCGUUCGUCCGCUUUCUGUACAGCAAGCGGUGACAUCGGCCUCGUUCAGCGGGAUAUCGCACUCAUCGAUAGAAAGCUGGAGAUUGGGCAAAAUGACAUAUUAUUAACUGUCCAUGCGUCGUAUUACGGGACUUCCGUUGGCUUUAUUACUUCUUCCUCCGCCCCUCUUCGCUAGUACACAGUAUGAAGAAUCCCCUUUACAUCCC